CGGGGUCCCCGCCCCAGAGCGCUGCAGAGACGGAGUUGAGUCCCAGGGAUAGCAGAGCCGGAGCCGACGAGCAGCCGCUCGGCCUCUGGGGUUCACACUCCUGCGCCGCCGGGAGCCUAAGGCCACCCACCCGCAUGACGCCAGGGAGAACCCACUGAGCGCGGGUCACGGUGCCGAGGGCGACACCAUGGCCCUGGAGCAGGCGCUGCAGGCGGCACGCCAGGGCGACCUGGACGUGCUGAAGUCCUUGCACGCCUCCGGCCUGCUGGUUCCUACUUUGCGCGACCGGCUGGAUGCUCUGCCAGUGCACCAUGCAGCCCGAUCUGGCAAACUUCACUGUCUGCGCUACCUGGUGGAGGAGGUUGCCCUCCCGGCCGUGGCCCGCUCGCGCAACGGCGCCACAGCCGCCCACGACGCCGCCGCCACAGGCUACCUCUCCUGCCUGCAGUGGCUGCUCACACAGGGUGGCUGCAGAGUGCAGGAAAAAGAUAAUUCUGGUGCCACAGUCCUGCAUCUGGCUGCCCGCUUUGGCCACCCGGACACGGUGUACUGGCUUCUGCAUCACGGCGGUGCGAACUCAGCCAUCACCACAAACACAGGUGCCCUGCCUCUCCACUAUGCCGCCGCCAAAGGAGACCUUCCCUCCACGAAGCUUCUGGUCGAGCAUUACCCUGAGGGAGUGAAUGCCCAAACCAGCAACGGUGCCACGCCCCUGUACCUGGCGUGCCAGGAGGGCCACCUGGAGGUGACGAAGUACCUGGUACAGGAGUGCAGCGCAGACCCGCACGUGAGCGCCCAAGACGGCAUGACGCCUCUGCACGCCGCGGCGCAGAUGGGCCACAACCCCGUCCUGGUGUGGCUGGUGAGCUUCGCAGACGUGAGCUUGUCCGAGCAGGACCACGACGGCGCCACGGCCAUGCACUUUGCCGCCAGUCGCGGCCACACCAAAGUGCUUAGCUGGCUCCUGCUGCACGGGGCAGAGAUCUCGCAGGACCUGUGGGGCGGGACCCCGCUGCACGACGCUGCUGAGAACGGGGAACUCGAGUGCUGCCAGAUCCUCGUGGUGAACGGCGCGGGGCUGGAAGUCCGGGACCAUGAUGGGUACACAGCUGCCGACCUGUCUGAUUUCAAUGGCCACACCCACUGCUCCCGCUACCUACGUACCGUGCAAACCCUGAGCGUGGAACACCGAGUCCUGUCCCGGGAUCCGUCCACUGACCUGGAGGCAAAGCAGCCUGACUCGGGCAUGUCCUCGCCCAACACCACCAUGUCGGUGCAGCCACUGAACCUGGACCUCGGCUCGCCCACCAGCACCCUCUCCAACUAUGACUCCUGCUCGUCCAGCCACUCCAGCCUCAAGGGUCAGCGCUCUACCCAAGGGCUUCCCAGUGCAAGAGCUGCAGAUUUACAGAGCUACAUGGAUAUGCUGAACCCAGAGCUGAGCGUGCCUCAGGGCAAAAUAGGGAAGCCUACUUCACCACCACCACCACCAAGCUUCCCUCCACCGCCACCACCCCCAGGCACCCAGCUGCCCCCACCUCCACCAAGUUAUCCAGCUCCCAAUCCCCCUGUGGGGCGACCUGCGGAUAAUAUCUACAUGCAGACCAAGAACAAGCUUCGCCAUGUGGAAGUGGAAUCACGGAAGAAGGAGCCCAAGGCAUGCCACCCCAGGGUGGAGCUGAGUGAUCAGUUUGCACAGCGGAGCUCGGGCGACGGCCACUCAGGAUUGCGAAGGCAGGACUCGGGGCUGCCCUGGCACAACAUCGGACUGCGCAGGCAGGACUCCGCCCGCAAGCAGCGCUCGUUCAGCAAACAGCCCAGCACGGGGGACUACUACCGCCAGCUGGGCCGCUACCCGGGGGAGCCGCUGGCCUCACGCCCGGGCAUGGCCCACAGUGAGGAGGCAGUGCUGCUCCCUGGGAACCACGUGCACAACGGCUGCUCAGCGGACCCCAAGACGUCUAAGGAGCUGCCACCACCACCGCCACCACCGCCGCCGCCACUGCCCGAGGCCCUGAGUUCGCCGCCACCUGCCCCACCUCUGCCCAUCGAGGGCGCGGUCGCAGGCUGCGGGCAGCGUCGUUCCUCGUCGUCUACUGGCAGUACCAAAUCUUUCAACAUGAUGUCUCCAACGGGUGAUAACUCAGAGCUGCUGGCUGAGAUAAAAGCAGGCAAGAGCCUGAAGCCAACACCACAGAGCAAGGGGCUGACCACUGUGUUCUCAGGCAGUGGGCAACCAGCCUCCCAGCCUGAGUCACCGUCACCUCAGCCAUCGCCACAGCCCUUGGUGUCACCUGCGCCAUCUCGAGCCCGGAGCCCCACCCCACCGGCCUCUGGGCCUCAGCCGUUGCUCAAUGGCAGCCUAGUGCCGGCACCACCUGCCACGCCAGCACCUGGAGUACAGCUGGAUGUGGAGGCCCUCAUCCCCACACUGGAUGAGCAGGGCCGGCCCAUCCCGGAGUGGAAGCGCCAGGUGAUGGUCCGGAAGCUGCAGCAGAAGAUGCAGGAGGAGGAGGAGCAGAGGAGGAAGGAGGAAGAGGAGGAGGCCCGGCUGGCCAGCCUGCCUGCCUGGAGGCGUGACAUCCUCCGGAAGAAGCUGGAAGAGGAGCGGGAGCAGAAGCGGUAAGUUCGGUCCUGGCCCAAACCUGCCACUUCUCUCUACAACCACUCACUGAGGCUUGUCCCUCACGCUCCUUCAUCCAGCCCAUUACUUCAGUCCUUGUAGCGUAACCUUUCUGCGCCCACUAAAGACAGAAGACCCUUAAUUAUUUAGCACCUGUCCCUCAAAGUCUAGCUCUCGUGCUCAGAUCACAUUACCUCGACCCCCCCCCCAUCUCCUAUCGCUAACCUGGCUUUUCACCAACGGUGUUAGCACUGUGUGUGUUAGCACAUACCUAGAAUCCCACUUUUGGUAGGUACAGGCAGGAUUACGAGUUCAAGGUUAUCCUUGGCUUCACAGCCAGUUCAAGGCCAAAUUGACCUACAAGGUGACCUUGUCUCAAAACGAGGCAAACAAAAGCUGGGCUUUCUAUCCUACAGCGCUGGCUUUUCUGCUUUAAUUAUGUGUAUGUCUGUGUGUCUCUGUGUGGGUAGGCACACAUGAAUGCAGGUGUCUGUGGAGGCCAGGUGUCAGAUCCCUUGGAGUUCCAGUUACAAGUGGUUGUGAGCCACCUAGUAUGGGUGCUGGGAAUCCAAUUUGGGUCCUCUGCAAGAGUAGUCCAUGAUCUUAAUUGAUAAGCCUUCUCUCCAGCCCCAAAGACAGUUAUUUUAACCCCAGGAUCAAUAAACUUGAUCAUUCACAUUCCCCUCAACUUAAUUUCUGUACCCAGGAAUCUAUCCUGGUACUGCCAGCUAGAAGUAUAAUGUGUACCGCAAAUGUAAUUUUAAAUUUUGUGGUAGCCACAUUGAGAAAAAUUUUUUUAAAGAUAUAGGUAAACUUAAUCUGAAUGCUUUAAUUUAAUGUAUGAAGUCUUAUUUCAGCAGCCUGUGUGAGUGUGAUGGAGGAGUCCUAGGCUCACGGCUCAGGUAGCAGAGUGCUUGACCAGAGCACAGAAAGCCCCGGGCUCAGUCUGCAGCAUUGCAUAAAUCUGGGGCCUGGGACUGGAGAGAUGGCUCAGUAGUUAAAACACUUGCUGCUCUUCCAGAGGACCCAGGUUCAACUCCCAGCACCCACAAGGCAGCUCAAAACCAUCUGUAACUCCAGUUCUAGAGGAUCCAAUGGCCUCUUUUAGCCUCCCUGGGCACUAGGCACACAUGUGGUGCACAGACUUAAAUGCUGGCAAAAUACUCAUUCACACUCAAUUAAAUAAAAUUGAAAACAAAAUAACACACACACACACACAAACACAAAACCAAUCCUGGAGUGAUAGUACAGGCCUGUAAUUCCAGCAUGCAGGAGAAUCAGAAGUUCAGAGUAACUGUGUCAACAUAGCAAGUUUGGGGUCCCCCCAAAUAUAUCACAAUACAACUCUUAAGAAGUUUUUCUAAAAAAAAAAAAAAAAAAGCUUAGUUUUGAAAAUACCAUGUGUAUGCUAAUUUGAAUAUUUCAAUUGCUCCAUAACUAAAUAGGAUUAGCGGUGACCCUGUCAAAAAAGCAAAUCUAUCCUUCUGCUUCUUUAGAGUUAGGGCUCAAAGCUGAGUGUUCUAGGCAAGGUCUAACCUGGGGAGCUAUACCCCAGUCCGUAGUCCUGUGUUCUGAGAACCUGUCCCUAGCUGGCUGUCCUAUUCCCCUGUAAUGAGAUCCCCAGCAUCUCAACCCUAUUCCCUGGUAAUUUAGAUUGACAGUUCCCUAACAACUCAACUCCUGUCUCCAAUGACAGGCCUCUUGUCAUUGAUCCCCUGAACUCUGAAACAUUCAAUCCUCACACAGGGCCACCUGUGUGAGCCCUGUGUGACCCAGCACCCCCUCCCGGUAACACUCCUCCACAAAAUAACCCAACCUUAGCCUCCACCUGCCCAUCUCUUCAUGACCACUAUGACCCAUAAAAACCCCAGGGUCGAAAGCGGAGAAGGCCCUGCCCUCAUUUGCUCCCUCUCUCCCACCCUGGUUUCUGGCCGGCCCAGUGUCUGGCCCCAGACAUCACUGAGUUUUGCCACCCAUAAACAGAAAAGAGGAGGAGCGGCAAAAGCAGGAGGAAAUGCAGAGGGCGAAAGAACAGUCUGAGAAGCUGCGGACACUGGGCUACGACGAGGCCAAGCUCGCACCCUGGCAGCGACAGGUCAUCUUGAAGAAGGGGGAGAUCCCUAAGCAAUAAGAGUCUCACGUCGUCUUGCGUGUAGCCUCACCAGUUCUGAGAGAUGGGGAGCGGCCCCCCCGCCCCCGCCCCAUCCUGUCAGGUUGGUGCGAAAGGGCUGGGAGCCUUGCCGCCCUUCCCUUCGGUGCCGGAACCCUCCCUGUUUCCCCUCCCUGGCCCCACAUGCCCAGCCCUGCCGCUGGAGUGCUUGCGCACUGCUGCUGUCGCCUGGAAAAAGUGCCCAAGCUGUUGACGCGAAAAGAAAAAAAGAAAGAAAAAAAGAUGCUGCUUAUUUGCAUGCUCACUUACAUACAUUUGCAUGUUCGUCUACCUUGUGCUGAGCUCUCCCCAGUCCCGUGGGUGGUGACUUUUGCUGCAGGGCGCACACCCGGCUGCAGCCCCCUCCCCCACAUCCCGGAACCCACACUGCCAGCCCAUCCUGGGUGGAGGCAGACCCCGAGCUCGGGGAAGGGGUUUUCCUCCCUCCACGACCCAGAUCUGCGCUAGCCAAGGCCAGGCUGCAUUUCUCAUCCCUGGUGAGGGUUUCCUCUCAGUCAUUUGUUUACCAGAACCGACGAAACUUGCCUGACGGGGCGGAGCCACCGCUCCCAAGGGGCCCCAUCUUAACCCCCUACCCCAGUUAAGCCCUCCCAGCCCCCAGCCAGGACCUUCGCGCUCCCCUGACCGUUUCACUGCCCCAGUGGUAUAAGUGGAGGGUCAGGGACCCUGCACCUGGAGCCGCAACUAUUCCUGACCCCAUACCCCACCCGCUUCCUUCCCCCAUUAAACCUCUAUCCGCCAA